GUGUCAGGUCCGAGGGAGCGGCUGAUAUUCUGGGGGAAGAAUAACCAAAAAUAAACCAAACAAAACAAGCGACUAUCCCCUAAACGAGAUUCGAUCGACUCAUUUGCCGAGCGUGAGCGAGAGGAAACAAACGCGACGUGAAAUGUAGAAUUCGCAAUCCCAGUGGAAUAACGCGCGGUGCAAAGUGGCCGCCCAGGUGAGUGUGUGGAACACGCACACAUGGACAUGUAAAAGGGCUGAAGUCCGUUACCUCCGCACGGUGCAGCUGGCUGCUGCUCUUCAGUCGGCGCCUGUCGAUGUCCUCGUUCCGUUCACUGCGACGUUCACUUGACCGAGCUACAAAUAACCUGCGCAUCGAGCAGUUCGUCAACCGGCUCCUGUCCUUAUUUCUACUUUUUAAUUUUUAAUUUUUUUUUUUACAUUUUUUAAAAACGUUUGACAUCGCGCCGGCGACGUCACAGCACGUGUUUCCUUUGAAGCUAAUUUGUUUGUGUUUUUGGUCGAGAACCACGGCGCCGCCGCUGCCGCGUCUGUUUUCCUGAACUGCCUCGACGUAAAUCGUUUGCACUCCACAAUAACACUGGGUUACUUUUGCUUUCAUGUCUUCGUCGCUGGCAGCUCAUCCCGGGGUGCGGCCUGUGAAGUCGGCCACCUUGGCGUCCUAAGGGCCCCAGUGGCUCCGAUGGCCAAAUGGCCCCGGCCCUGACCAGAACCCUGAAGGACGGCCAUGUCGUCCACCUGUCGUCUCCCCCUCCCACCGGCAGAGUGGACCCCAACGGGAGGGCCGUGCCCAGGGCCGAGCCGGAGCCUCGCACCAAGCCCACCGAGGACCGCGACCCCCAGAAGAUGUGGCUGAAGCUCUCCUUGUUUCCCUCGGUGGACUCCGGCCUGCCGGCGAGCCCCCUGGCGUCCGGCGAGUCGCUGCUCCUCCGCAGGCCCGCCUCGCUCCUCAGCUUCCUGUCCCUCAACGAAGGCCUGAGAGAUUCUCAUCAGGUGGUCUCCGUCUUACCAGAUGUACUAGACAUGUUUUUAGGCCCUGUGCCUGAGCACAAAAGCCAAGAGGCCUGUCUGCUGCAUGGCUGCGGUGCCGCUCUCGACCGUGGGCCAGAUGGUUGUGAUGUGCAUCGCUCCCCUUUUACACUUAUCAGUGUUUCGCCGUCAGAUCCCCUCGGGGAGAUUAAGCCCGUGGGCUGCACUCCCCUUUACGCACCCCCGCCCCCACCGAUACAGGGGGAGGCAGCCAGAGUGGUCCGUGCUCGUCUUGCAACAGUGCAGUCUUGCAGUGACAGAAUAAACGUUGACCAACUGGCAUCCAGAGCUGCGCUGGAGGAGGCAGCGAAUGAGCAGUUUUCUAAGCUGGCAGGUUUGCACAGCCGAGCCGGGGGGCUGAAGAGGCGACUGCAAGUGGUGCUCGGAGAGCAGGCUUCGCGGCACUGCGACCGGCAGCUGGAGGGCCUGGAAAGGCACAGUGAUGUUGGGGAUGUGGCCCAAGAAAGCCUGGAGUCCUUACAUCCCGGUGUACUGCCUCCACAAGCGGUCGGCGGGUCGUCCACAGCGUCACCUUCCCCCACAGAGCUCAGAGAGUUCAGCCGCUCCUGCGAGGCGGUGCUGAGAGGCCUGCAGCAGGACCUGGACUCAGAGGCCACGGACAGCAGCAGCGCGGAUGAGGACGAGGAGGAGGAGGAGGAGGAGAAGAGUCACAGCAGAACCACGACUUUGCCUGUCAGCAGCAGCAGCAGCAGCUGUGAGCGGCGAUGGCUGGAAGAGAGAGCGGAGCUGGGCCGCAGAUGGAGCUGGGUGCAGCUGCAUCUGUCCGGGCUGGAGGGGAAGAUACGGCGACUGGUGGAGCUGCACAAGCAUAUCCGCUCUUCCAAAGUUGGUGUGGUGCUCGCGGCGUCGCAGCCACUGACAGACAGGCAAAUUCAGCAGAGCCUGCUGAAGGAGAUGGUGGGAUUAUCUUAUACCGCCUCAGAUGCUGACACUGAACCUUGCAGCCCCACACACCUUCUACACAACAUAGAGAGACAGAGUGCCCAGCUUAGCCAGAUUGUCAGGAGUCUGAUGCCUCCUCUUGGCUUUUCAACGCUCUCAAAACAAGCACAGACCUGUAAAGGCAAGAGAAGCUUCACAAGUGGGCCGAAAGGAGAGGAUUUUUUUGCGCCGGGGAGCUCUAAGAGAAGGGGACUUACGAAGAGGCUGCUCAAAGCUGACGUGUCGUGCGUCUGCGCCCGAACACGACCUUUGGUUACCUACGACAAGCCCAAAUUGUUCACUUUCACCAGCCUCAGCUCCAGCUGGCGACAGGACUCGAGGAAGACCACACUCACCCCUUCACUCUCGUCGUCCUCUGGUCCGCGUCGCUCCUCUGGUCCGCGUCGCUCCUCUGGUCCGUGUCUCUCCUCUUGUGAUCCUGGAGUCUUGUGUUCUAAUCCUGACCGCAACUCCAAGUUGGCCCCGUCCUCCAGGAAAAAGAGCUCCAGACCUCACCCUGCUUUGUCUCCUUCACUUGACACUCCUCUGGCCCACCGCCCACAAAGAGCCCUAGCAAGAGAAGAAUGGUUCCAAAGGCCAUUAGACUUCAAUGCCCACUUGCCCUCUCCAGCACAUUACAACAGACACAACUCCAAGCCACUGCGCAACGGUCACAAAUACAAGCAGCAUGCCAGACAUCACAAAAGCAGAGGUAUGGGUCUGUCACCUAUCAGGAUGGCAGACUCUACUCAGAGUCAACACAGACGAGCCAAUCACAAGGAGAGGAAGAGAAGACACAGACACAGGCCAGAAGAGGACAGUUCAGAUCAAGUGCCGGAGAAGAGCUACACACAGUUUUCACGCAAGCAGGCCUCCCAAGGCACUGUUCGCAGACGUCAGGGAGAGAGCGUGUUCAACAUAAACAACAUCGUCAUCCCCAUGUCACUGGCCAAGGUGGAAAAGCUGCAAUACAAGAACAUCCUUACACCCCGGUGGCGGGUGGUAUCCACCCAGUCUCUGAUGGAGGAUGAGGCAGAGAUGGAGGAGGUUGAGGUGCUCAGCGACGAAGCCUUCGCUCAGAGGCACUUGGCUUUGGAGCAGAGUGAGAAACUGCGCUGGGCGUCCUGGGGGACCAGCGAAUGCUGCAGGCUUCCUACAAGCAGGCUGUUGGGCGGCGGGGGCGGGACGUUCACAUCAGGAGAGGAGAGCUCAGUGGAGUGCAGUGGUGCUCAGCUGGAUGCUGACGCACAGCCGAGCUCAGCGGAGUGCCUGGCUCAGACACCCUGGGAACCACGAGUGUUUCCUUUGAGCAAGGAUGAAGAAGAAGCCCUGCUCUGUGGCAGACUAGAAAACGUACCCUCAGGGUGGUCGGAGUCCAGCUCUGGGUCCUCAUUGUCAAAGAACUCAAACUCCCAUCUCGCCCCAGCUCAGUCCUCAGGUGCUACACUGCCCCCUGGUGCACAAAGUGGAAACAUUACACCUAAUGGCAGCUGAGGGGCUGCAGUGCCUUACCUCUUCAAUAUCGCCUCACGUCUGGGACCAGGAGGAGAAAAUGUGGCCUGGAAACCUCAAUUUUGACACAAAAUACGUUCCAUGUGUACAGUGAUUUGGUUAGCUUAGUACGAAGCAAUGUUUUAAUUUUGUGAAUAUUGUGACGUGUAUAUUUUAACUCACUACUGUAGCUCCUGCUACAUUUCAGGUUUUAAUGUAAAAGAGGUACUAUUUGUAAAGAAAUGUAUAGCAGCACAACUCUCCUGUAGUCUCAGGUUUGUGUACUGUUUGUUGCUGUCACUUGCUAUUUAUUUUCACAGUUGUCGUUAUUGUCUUUGUAGAAUGACUUAAGUACAUACACAUGUUAACUUUUA